GCGUGAAACUUUCGAACAUCUUCUCAUCUGGCUUGAAGAUGCUCGUCAACAUUCAAAUUCUGAUACAACCAUAAUGCUCAUUGGGAACAAAAGUGAUCUCGAGGCUAAACGUGUUGUUUCUUAUGCAGAGGGUGAGGCGUUUGCGCGGCAGCACGGCUUAUUUUUCAUGGAAACUUCAGCAAAAACUGCAGAAAACGUUGAAGAC